AGGGAAGGCAGGGACGAGAGAGGAAGGGGCGGGCGACAAGUGGGCGGAAUCGCGCCGUCCCUCCCUCGGUGGGGCAGACCCCUCCCGGGGAGGGGAUAAAAGGGACGGCUGGGGACGGGUCCUGCGGACGCAAGCUCAGUUUGACUCUCUCGGUCCCCAGAAGUCUGCUCGGGAAAGGCGAGAGACCCGCGGGCAGGAGCCGAGCCGAGCCGGUCCGCGACACGCCGCCAUGGGACUCCUCCUUCGCCUUCUGCGCCCGGGGCUGGCUUCGUGUGGUCCUCGAUUAUUGGCUAAUGGACUUGGGACCCUUUCGACAGUUAAAGUAACAAGCCAUUCCAGUGAUACUCAGCCAGAAGAACCCGCAAAGCCUAUUGGUCGGUAUCCUAUUCCUUAUAAAAAGGAACUACCUUUUGAUAUAGUGGAGCUCAUGGAAGAGGUAGAAAAAAAGACUGGAUUUUUACCGAAUGUCUUUAAGGCAUUAGCACAUCGACCAGGGGAAUUCAGAGCAUUUUUUGCUUACUACAAUGCCAUUAUCAACAAAGAAACAGGACAUCUCAGCAAGGCUGAUAAAGAACUCAUCAUCGUGGCUACAAGCGUUAGUAAUAGGUGCCCAUACUGUGUCGUUGCCCAUAGUGCUCUGCACAGAAUAUAUUCCAAAAAUGCCAUUCUGGCUGACCAGGUCAUUGUGAAUUGGAGAAAGGCCGAAUUAUCACCUCGGGAGUUAGCUAUGCUAGAAUUUGCUCUCGCUGUUAGUCGUGCGGAUGACAUAACAGAAGACCAUUUUAAAAAGCUAGAAUUGCAUGGUUUUGAUCGAGAGGAUGCCUGGGACAUAGCUUCCAUUUCUGCCUUCUUUUGCAUGUCUAACCGUAUUUCUCAUUUUAUUGACCUGAUGCCCAACAAAGAAUUUUAUUCAUUGGGUAGGAAAAAUGAUCACGAUAUGUAAAAGCAUGUCCACCUCAGAGGCACCAUAAAAUGUGGAUAUUUAUUUGUGCGAGUUAUGCUAUGUCUGUUCAUAAGUUUUCCCUUAAUAUUUAGUUUAUUAACACAAUGAGAAAUAAACUAAUUACUGUUGUGCCUGUUAAUACCACCUUUCCUAAGUUCAACACAGUUAGUGGCAAUAGUUGAAACUUGAUGAAAUUCAGCACUUGUGUAAGCACUGAUAGUUCACAAGGCCGUUUACCCAUAAAGGAGGCUAUCUUCAAUAUUUUUAUAAUGAAAAAAAAAUACCUUCCUUUCCAACUACUCCUGCUUUCACCUUUCUAUAACAUUCCCUUAUAAAGAAAGAUUAAAAAAGAAAAAUGACAGUCCAGCAACCAAUACACCAACUGAAUCUGACAGUACAUGCAACAGGCCACACCUGUAGUCUCCAGCCUCUUCUAUGAAGGGAGGGAGGUACAUUUUCUGAACUCCUUUCUGGGGAUAGGCUUGGAUUGACAUUGCUGGCAUUAGACAUGUUUUGCUGAUUCUGUGGCCUUUUGGUGGUGCAGUAAUACUGUUCCAUUAUGUUCAUGUACUACACUAUAUUGAGCCAUUUCCUACUAAUUGUGUUAGUACACUGUUCCUUUUAGGUGAUCCUAAAGGAGCAUUUGGAGGAAAAGGAAGCACAGAUGAGACUCAGGGAAAUUCUAAGAAUUGAGAACCAACAAUAUCAGAUUACCAUUUAAUUUAAACCCUUAGGGUUUAAGACACUGUCAUUUUCCAACAGCUGUUUUGCCAUUAGAUGAAAAAUGAGUCUUUUCAAACAAAGUAUAAACAUGAUUUGAAGCUAAUUCUUUUCUGAAGUAGAUUUAGGGACUUUCAAAUUGCACGUCACCAUGAGCGGACCCAUUUUAACCUUUUAUGACACCUCCUCCUGUCCUGUAAGUACCUGAUAGAGAGGUGUACUGGGUACCUUCUUUCUUGGUUGACCAACCUCUAGUAACUUUUAAAGUGCUUUCAUAGCUUUUAUGUGGUUAUAAGAAUUAUAUACGGCCUACAUGGUAUUUUCUCUAUUCAUGUCUUUUCUCAAAUAUUUUCAGAAUAGGAAACAAAUCACAAUCAACUCUGACAGCUGAGAUAUAUUAACACUUGAGUUGAUUUCACUGUGAAAAAAAGAUUAAUAUGAGGGAAUUGUUAUGACUGUGCCUCAAAUGCUGUACCUCAUGAACUAUAACCUUUUUUAAGUAGGGUUAAUUUAAUUUCACAAAUAAAGUUAAUUAAAUUGA